GAUUGGCGCUCGGGACCAACGGCUGUUGGCUCUAACGAAACCUCCGGGGGUUCCUCUUUUGGAUUCCAAUGUCCAAAACAACAAACCGGACAGCCAGUUAUUCCGCACAAACACGGCUGAGGUGCAGCCAACCAGCUACGGCCUACAAACAAACUUCCAUUGUCGCUCCCUCUUCUUCAACCGAAUAGGAACUUCCACCCUCCUCUCCGCCCUUGUUUCAAGAGAGCUCCCCGCCGCCUCCCCUUUCUGCGCCGCGCCCCCCUCCGAGCCCUCUGAGCCCUAUCCAACACGUCGUAUCCCUUUCGGAAGCUGCAACAAUUCCAAUCAUCUGAUCAUGGCCCCCACCAUUAGUCUCGUGCUGGGCGGUCUCGCCGCCACUUACGUCUUCCUCCGCGUGCUUCUCAACCUCACCCAGGACGCAAAGGAACCGCCGGCCAUUCUGACCGACAUUCCCUUUAUCGAGCCCCUGAUUGGCAUGAUCCGGGAGAAGUCGCGCUUCCACAUCCGCCUGAGAGACGCCACACGGCUGCCCAUCUACACGCUGCGGCUCCCAUUCCAGCGCAUGUACAUCGUAAACGCCACGCAGCUGAUCCCCGUACUGCAAAAGCAAUGGCGCGUCAUCAGCUUCGCGUCCAUCGCGGCCGACGCGGGCAACGUCGUCGGCAUGAGCAAGGAGGCCGUCGAGGUCAUGAAGCGCGACCUGACCAGCGAGCACGGCUUCAGCCCCAGCUGGCCCAAGUACAUCAUGCCGUCCAUGGCCCCCGGCCCGGACCUCGACGCCAUCAACCGCCGCGCCAUCGAGGUCUACGUCGCCGAGAUGGCCAAGCUGCGCGGGACUGACACCGCCACCAAAGUCGGCCUCUGGGAGUGGUCCCGCCGCAUGAUGGUCACAUCAACCUCCGAGGCGGUCUGGGGGCCCGCGAACCCCUUCCGCGACCCGGCGGUGGCCGACGCCUGGAAGACGUUUGAGGCCGGCUUCCUGACGCUGUCCAUGUUCCCGCUGGCCUGGCUCUUCUUCCCCAAGCUGCACCGCGCGCGCGAGGUCGCGGCCGCCGCCAUGGUCCGCUACAUGCGCGCGGGCGGGUACAAGACGGGCUCCGGGCUGGUGCGCAAGCGCGUCGAGCACCACGCCGACCUCUUCGGCUUGGGCCUCGAUGAUGUCGGCCGCGGCGAGCUCGGCAACGCGUUUGCCGUGCUGGGGAACACCACACCCUGCGCCCUGUGGGUGCUCUACCACAUCGUGUCGGACCCCCGCGUGCUGGCCGACGUGCGCCGCGAGCUGCACGCCCUGGUGCGCGACGAGACGGGCGAGGAUGGCGUCCCGGUUAGCUCGAUCGAUCUGGCGGCCGUGAGGGAGACUUGCCCGAUCCUGCUGAGCACGUUUCAGGAGACGUUGCGGUUCCGCGCCGUCAACCCGGGCCCGCGCGUGCUGCUGGAGGACGUGCUGGUGGAUGACGGCCGCAUGCUGCUGAAGAAGGGCGCCAUGCUGAUGAUCCCGGCGGCGGUGCAGCACACCGACGCCGCGGCGUGGGGCGACGACGCGCGCGAGUUUGAUCACCUGCGUUUUGCGCCCGCGUCGGGCGAGGGCGCGCAGAAGAAGAAGAAGCCGAACCGGGUCGCGUUCCGCGCGUUUGGCGGUGGCCAUGUGCUGUGUCCGGGCCGCCACUUCGCCAGCACCGAGAUCCUCUCGCUGGCGGCGCUGCUGGUGCUGCAGUUUGAUGUCGUGCCUGUUGCUGGUCGCUGGGUCGAGCCGACGUGGGAGAACUCGCCUGCUCAGGCGGGCUUUCCUGUUAUCGAUGAAGACAUCCCCGUUGAGCUGCGUCCCAGGGAUCCCCAGCGGAAGUGGCGGGUCGUGUACUCGGGGACAGACAAGGCGAUGGAUAUUGUGUCGGAGGAUAUUGCCGCCGGUGGUAGGGGCGCUCUCUGAACGAAGCCAACUGUCGAGGUUUAUUGUACUGUACUAUCACUGAAAAAGGGGUGACUGGUUCCGUGUACGGAACGAAAAGGGACGGAUCUGGGGAGUCAAGGCCGCUGAUACUAAUACACCUAAAUCUCACACCU